AUGGGCUUCUGCUGCCGGUCUCGAUUGCUAACGCUGCCGGCGACGGACGACAAGCUUCCUGACGAGCUAGACAAUUUCACGUCGGCGAGGCGGUGGUUCGACUUCUCCAACGUCACUGUUCCUUGGCCCGAGUAUCAGGAGAUGGGGGACGAUCAAGAGGUGUGCCGGCCGGAGACGAAGGACGGGGGGAGAAAAGCUUUCGGGUACGAAGAUGUCCAUCCGAAGCUUUUAGAGUGCAUGAACCGGGUCUACCUGAGAGGGUGCGAGAAAGCCUACCUUGGAAAGCUGGUGGACGUGGGCAGCUUUUGCCCCAAGCAGGAACCGGGCAAGCGAAAAGGGGCAGGAUCGUUGGUGGCCCACAUCCGAUCGGGGGAUAUUUUCAACCCGGAUGGAGAAGGUCAUCGUCGGCAGGGAUUCGGCCAGCCGCCUCUCCAGUACUACUUGCGCGUGCUGGCGGCGAAGGACUGGGAUAACGUAACGUUCCUGACAGCCGCGUGGGAAGACAGGGCCCUAAACCCGACAUUUUUGACGCUGGAGAUGAUGGCGGACGCAGGCGUCCUGGGGGAGAACGUCCAUCUUUUCAAUAACCGAACUCUUCUGACGGACAUGAAGGAGAUGCUCUGCGCGGACGCCUUGGCCACCUCGAGGUCGAGCAUGAGUUUCCUCACCUUCGCGCACUCUAGGGCUACCACCUUCUUCGUGCCGACCCCGUGUGGCAACGGGGGGUUCCGCAGGAUGAAAGACGUGCCGGUUAAGGCAACCUUCGACAACACCACCUUGCUUCUCCUAGAGAAGCGGGAAUCUGAGGUGUUCGGCGUCGACUGGCGUCAGAACGGGUCAGAUUACUCGGUCUAUAAAAAUUGGCUCGACAGCCCCCACCAGCUGCUCGAGAUGACCACGUACAAGGGAAUCAAGGGGUUGCAAAAAUGCACCGUGUACCCCCCCGCACCCCCGCAGUCGACGGACCCCCCUGCUGGGUCAAGAGUCGGCCCGGUCGUAGAAAACUGA